CAGGAUACUACAUUGAGAUGUCUUCUUGAUUCUACAAAGACUUUGUUGAGAAGUUCUGUCCUGACGACUUAUAAUGGCUUCUAAUAUCAUUGUGGAGCAACAGUUUUCACACAAAUUCACAGUGACGGUAGUUCAAGCUGAGCGUGUCACCAAGGGAGCGCUGGGUGACCUGUUGGACACCCCAGAUCCAUAUGUGGAGCUCUUCAUUCCCACGGCCCCAGAGAGCAGGAAGAAGACCCGACACAUCGACAACGACAUCAACCCAAAAUGGAACGAGACCUUUCACUUCAUCUUAGACCCAAACCAGCAGAACGUCCUGAAGAUAACAUUAAUGGACGCCAAUUAUGUGAUGGAUGAGACUCUUGGGACGGCUUCCUUUGAAAUCUCCAAACUCAGUGUGGGCCAGAAAAAGAUGGAGGCUUUCCGCAUCGGCAAAGCAACCAAAGUGUAUUUAGAGAUGUCCCUGGAGAUCUGUACUAAACUGGACCUGCGGUUCAGCCUGGCCCUGUGUGACAAAGAGAAGCAGUUCAGACACGAUCGCAGAGAACGAGUGAUGCUGGCCAUCAAGAAGCUGUUACACAUGGAAAAGCCUCGCUUCCUCCCCAGCUCACCAGAAGAGGUGCCAGUCAUUGCCAUAGCCGGAUCAGGAGGUGGUUUCCGUGCCAUGGUGGGCUUCUCAGGCGUGAUGAAGGCUCUGUUUGAGUCCGGGGUCCUGGACUGUGCUACCUAUGUCGCUGGCCUCUCUGGAUCCACCUGGUACAUGUCCACUCUGUACUCCCACCCAGACUUUCCAACAAAGGGCCCAAAAGAGAUCAACCAGGAGCUGAUGAAGAGAGUUAGCAGUAACCCGCUGAGGCUAUUGCUGCCCAAACACAUUACAAACUACAUCCAGGCCCUGUGGACCAAGAAAGCCGCAGGGCAGCCUGUUACCUUUACUGAUAUCUUUGGUAUGCUAAUAGGAGAGACACUUAUACCUGCGAGGAUGGACCUCAAGCUAAGUGACAUUCAGGAGAAAAUUAACCAGGCUCAGAGUCCACUUCCUCUCUUCACAUGUCUCCAUGUCAAGCCAGACGUCUCUGAGCUCAUGUUUGCAGACUGGGUGGAGUUCAGCCCUUAUGAAAUUGGGAUGGCAAAGUAUGGCACGUUCAUGACUCCCGACUUGUUUGGAAGCAAGUUUUUCAUGGGAACUGUGGUCAAGAAAUGUGAAGAAAACCCUCUCCAUUUUCUAAUGGGUGUGUGGGGCAGUGCCUUCUCAAUUCUGUUCAACAGAGUGCUGGGGGUGAAAGACACAGCAGGUGGCAGCACUAUGGAGGAGGAGUUAGAGCAGAUCAAACCGCAGCACAUCGUUGGAGACGACAGUCUGGACAAUGAGGAAGAGCCACGCAGUAGUGGCACCGAGAACCAGGAGGCAGAAGACGAGUACUACCGCAAAGCUCAGAACAGCUGGGCCCAGCGAAUGCUCACAUCGUUCCUGGGUGAUUCGGCCCUGUUCAACACAAGAGAGGGCCGGGCUGGCAAGGUGCAUAAUUUCAUGCUUGGGCUGAACCUGAACACCAGUAUGCCUUUCUCCCCCAUCAGUGAGGUUACCUACAGGGCAGUUACACCGGAGGAAGAGGUGGACGCCGUCACUGACCCGGAUGAGUUUGAUCGUAUCUAUGAACCUCUGGAUGUGAAGAGUAAGAAGAUCCAUGUGGUGGACAGUGGCCUGACCUAUAACCUUCCAUAUCCACUCAUCCUGCGGCCCCAGCGAGGCGUCGACCUCAUCAUCUCCUUUGACUUUUCAGCACGACCAAGUGAUUCCAGCCCUCCGUUUAAGGAGCUUCUGCUUGCAGAAAAGUGGGCUCGAAUGAACAAACUCCCAUUUCCUAAGAUUGAUCCCAAGGUUUUCGAUCGUGAGGGCCUAAAGGAAUGUUAUGUCUUCAAACCGAGGAAUGGGGAAAAGAACUGUCCCACUGUCAUCCACUUUGUUCUGGUCAACAUCAACUUCAGGCAGUUUGUAGCGCCUGGAGUUCCCAGAACAACUGAGAAGGAGCAGAAUUUGGCAGAUUUUGACAUAUUUGACGACCCUGAGACGCCAUUCUCCACGUUUAACUUCAAGUACUCUAACGAGGCCUUCACACGGCUGCAUGACCUCAUGGAGUUCAACACUCUGAACAACCUCGAGGUGAUUAAAGAGGCCAUCAAAGACUGCAUCGUGUCUCGGAAGGAGAACCCCUCGUGUCUGUCUUUUCCCAUCACCCUCAGCGAGCUCCAGAAAAAGAGAUCUUUCAAAAGAAAUUCUCGAGCAAAACCUGCAAAUCACCUCACAAGUGAUCUGUAAGGCGAAGACUUUGCAUAGAUGGACUUUAAAAUAGUUUUAAAAUCAUGCAUUUUCUUUUUGGAAAAUGCUACUUUUGUUUGUUUUAUGUGUAUAAUUUCAGCCUGGAGGUUUGCGAUAGAUAGAUCUUUAUCAUCGUUGCAACUUAUACAACAAACUUCAGAUUUUUUCUUCGGAAAUAUGUUUAAAUCUCUUAAAAGGACCACAAAUCAGGAUGCACUCAUAACUUAACUUGCACAGAUUUAACAGCAGAGAAAGUUUUUUUUUCUGUUGCUGUUUAUUCAUAUUUUUCUUUUGCUUUUUUUUGCUGGCUGAGAGGGAACAGACUAAAUGAUGAAAAUCGAGGUGUGAAAAACUCGACAAGGUGCCUGCUCGCAGUUGUGCUGCCGGUAUACACGUAUAUGUUUAAUUUUACUGCAUUUUUGAAUGAAAUUGCACAAAUCGGAGUUAAAGCAAAUACCUUUUUGCGUAAUUUCGUGCACCCUCAACUAAAUGUGCACACUGACUUUUGCUUGCAUCCUUAUGUUGACUUCAUAUGCAUUUUUACUUGUGCAAAAAGCUGCUUUAAGUUGUUUGAAUGCACUAUCGUAACUGUUUAACAUAUUUAAAGUAUAGCAACACAAAAUGGAAAUGUCUUCUUUUUUUCUUCUUCUUCUUGCUGGACGGCUUGUCUAAACAUGUAAUCUUGUUUGGAAACAUACAAGAGGAGUUCGUAACCAUCGGUUUUGUUUAAUGGUAACUCCUAAACAUGCGAAGUACUCCCCCACCGCUGGAUACUUCAAACAUCUGGAUGAUGUUUACCUGCCUACAGGGCAGGAGAUCCCCUAUAGGGAGUGUCUCACGGGAAAGCGACCAUGUUGGACAAACAAAACUUCACACCAUGGCAACGGCCCUCUGUUGGGAUAAAGGUGUGUUUAUUUUCCUGACCGUGUUGGUUCAGGCUUCCUUUCUGACAAGACUUGUUUUUGCUGAAGCAUUUCCGCUCCUCGAUUAACUGCGGGAGUCCUCCAACGCCCCCAGAGGACUAAGUGCAGCUUAGCCUGGAGCGAGGGAAUGCUGGGUGGAGUGAUGAGUGCGGCGGUGCAGUCACGAGACAGUUUUUUUAUGAUCUUUAAAGUGGUGGCUCUCCGUGGAAUGUUGCACACUACACCUACACCUGCAGCAUUGGACUCCUGGAAUCUGACACACUACACCUCGCCCUGCAGGGGCCCAAAGGCCGCACGGAGAGCAGUGGAAUUUUACACAGAAGCAACUCCGAGCCUGAUGUGCUCCGUUUUCAGUCCUGCUGUCAGCAAGAAACUGAGAAAACAGUUUUGCUGCAGGCCGGUAGACUUUUUUUUUUUUUUUGUAAUGUGUUAAAUCGUUAGCUGUAUUGCCAAACAUCAUAUCUGGGUGGAGAAUAGAUCCAAUUACUUUUUCAGCUGGAGGGUGUAAGUACUGGGUUUGACAGUCAAAAUUUUAUAAAAGGUUUUAUGUUGUUGUUGUUUGUUUGUUUGUUUGUUUUUUGCAUUGCAAAAUUGAUCAUUUUCUGUGGUCAUCUCAUUAGCAGACUGAUUUAACUUUAUGUAUCUGAUAAUAGAGAGUUCAAUACACAACAAAAAAACAUGUUUUUGUGUUAUUGUUUUUCUGGGUGGGGUUGCCCACAACAUUUCUCAAACUCAGAACUUUCUGCGUUUUCGUUUAUGCCAAGUUUGGAGCUAAAUUAGGGACUGCUUGAACUAUCCUGAAUAUGAUGUUUUGCAGUGAGUUACUUGGUCUCGGUCACAAUGUGCCACAAGAUUUCGAAUCAUUUGAAAAAUUAACAACAAUACCUUCAUGUCCAAGGCUGUGUAAUGGUUCAUUUAUUCAUUCUCCAUCCCUGUUUAUUCCUUGUUGGAACCUGUCCUAGCUGCCACUGGGUGAGAGGCGGGGUACACCCUGGACAGGACGUCAGUCUAUCGCAGGGUCACCAUACCAGUUCAAGGGACAAAAAUUAAAUGUUUUUUAAUGUUCCAGAACAGAAACUUUAAAAACAAAAUAAUGGUAAACAAUUAAUAACAUUAGUUUUAUUUUAUUUUUUUUUAAGUUAACACCCUGUUUACACCGAGUCCACAACCAAGUUGUGAUUAAAAAAUAGUGGUCAGGGCUUUCCUUAUGUGGGAUAUGUUAACUUUGAAAAACAUUUAAAAUAAUGCUCUACUUUUUUGACGUUUUAAGUAUAUUUCUGUUCAUUAUAUAAUUAUGUAGUAGUAAUAAUAAUAAUACUAAUAAUUUAUUUAUGUUUUUCAUUUCAUUUGGCAUGAAAACCAUUUCCAUCUCCACUCCAAAAGUGAGUUCUACCACCGCUGCUCACGUUGUCCACCACAUUUGCGUUACUACUGUACAUCCACUUGUAUUUUUAAAUAAAACAUCUGGGUUUUUAAUUUGGCACUUUUUCUCAUGCACAGAUGUAAAAGAAUGAAAAAAAAAACACGUUAGCAGUG